AUGCUAUCCAAACUCACUCUGGCGCUGCCCUUGCUUUCGAAGCUGGCGGACGGUAUCUCUGGUGCUGCCAUCCGCACGCGUGGCAAUGGUAUCAACCCCGCCGAUUUCACCUCCCAAGGCCUUGUCGCCAUCGGCCAGUUUCCGGCCAGCGUCAGGGACAAGAACAACGAGACCAUCGGCGGCAUCGGUUCUGCCGGGGGUCUCGUCCCCGGUCGAUACUCUCGCAACGGCGACGUCUACUCUGGCCAGAUCUACUUCCAGCCAGACCGCGGCUACAACGUCGAGAACACCAUCGACUACGUUGCUCGCCACCACACGUUCGACUUCCAGUUCGAAGAGUACACCGGCUCGAGCAACCUCACCUUCAGCCAGGCCACCAAACUAUUCAACAUCACCUACCGUGACUCGGUCUUCUACCACGAGCAUGACGUCAAGAACACCACUGGUCUCGACCCUACCAUCGUGACCACCGGCGGACUCAGUGGGAGCGGCACCAACGACGGACCGCUCGCAGCUGCCAACACACCCGAGAACCCUGCUUCGCUCUCGUUUGACACUGAGGGCUUCUCGGCAAACCCGGACGGCACCUUCUGGGUCUCGGACGAGUAUGUUCCUGGCAUCUACAAGGUGGCUUCGGACGGCACCGUGAUUGCCUACAUCACCCCGCCCGAGGCUGUGCUCCCGCGCAUCAACGCCAAGUACAACUUUACCUCCAAGUCGACUCCCGACUCGGGUCGUCCACCCAAUGCCGGCUUCGAAGGCAUGGCUGUAUCCUGGGAUGGCAACCAGCUAUUUGCCGUGCUCCAGUCGGCGCUGGUCCAGGAUGGCGGAGAUGGUGCACCAUACCUUCGCAUCUUUGAGUGGGACAUUUCCUCCCUCUCCGGUGUCACCACCUACCAGAACGGUGCCAACCCGGGUGACGGCAUCCCGCUCAUCGCCGAGUACGUCUACAAGGUGCCCACCUCGAACAAAGGCAAGGCUCGCAACGUCAAUGAUCUCAUCUACCUCGGUCACAAGACUGUCGGCAUCCUCGUCCGCGAUGGCAACGGGUUCGGCAGCGACGAUUCGGGCGUUAAGUAUAAGCACAUUGACAUCCUCGAUCUCUCCACCGCCACCAACAUUGCUGGUACCAAGUACGACGGUGCCACGGGCGCCAUCGCUCCAGGAGGCAAGCUGGCUAGCGGCAUCGACCUCGCCAAGUACAGCAGCCUGGUCGACUACACCUCCGACCUGGGCAAGUUUGGCAUGCAUGGCUCGGGCAACCCUGUUGACCCGACGUUGCUCGCUGCCAAGAUCGAAAGCUUGAUCCUCCUGCCCACGCUGCCCAAGUCGAGCAGCGACAGCAGCUUCGACUCGGACGAGUACUUUAUCGUCUCAGCAAGCGACAAUGACUUCCAGACAAAGACGGGCUACAUGAGAGCCAUCGGCGACUACUCAGCCGCAUAUCCGCAAGACGUUCCCACGCAGCUCUUUGUCUUCAAGGUCAAGCUGCCCGGCGUCAACCGCGGCGACUUGCUUUCUCGUCUCGCCCUCUCUGCUUGA